AUGGCCUAGCCAUUCCUUCGCCACCCAGCGCCUCACACAAGCGUUGCUGCUGCAGUCACUGCUUCUAGUAGUGAGACAACGGGAACGGGCCAGUUAUUGUUUGCUAUAGCAAGAAGGAAGUGGUCUCCGAGAGGGCAUAUUUCCAGCCUGUGAAGAGGCGGCCACCCAUCGUUUCUGUCUCUUGUUCUUAUCAAUUACACGGUCGCUGCCUGGGGGAAAGGCAAGGUGCUGCCUGGUGUCAUCCCUCAGCGCCGAGCUGGGUUUCCAGGGAGGCGUAAGGAAUACGGGAGACCGGCUGCGGGGGCCCAUUCGCUGUACAAAAUAAUGAGAAGAAGUGUACUGCAACUCUUGAUAAGGCACUGAUUGGUGUAUAAGUAACAGCCAAGCUCAUGUUUUCCCCUGAUCAAGAGAAUCACCCUGCGAAAGCACCUGUGAAGUAUGGGGAACUCAUUGUAUUGGGAUACAAUGGAUCUCUGCCAAAUGGAGACAGAGGAAGGAGAAAAAGCAGGUUUGCAUUACUUAAAAGACUAAAAGCCAAUGGGGUGAAGCCAAGCACUGUUCAUAUUGCCUGCACGCCGCAGGCAGCAAAGGCAAUAAGUAACAAAGACCAGCACAGCAUAUCCUACACUUUGUCACGGGCACAGACUGUGGUGGUGGAGUACAAUCAUGAUAGCAACACCGAUAUGUUCCAGAUUGGCCGGUCAACAGAGAGCCCUAUUGAUUUUGUGGUAACGGAUACUGUUCCGGGAAGCCAGACCAACUCUGAUACACAGUCUGUUCAAAGCACCAUCUCCAGAUUCGCAUGCAGGAUCAUCUGUGAAAGGAACCCUCCAUUUACUGCAAAGAUAUAUGCUGCGGGAUUUGAUUCCUCCAAAAAUAUUUUUCUAGGGGAGAAAGCAGCCAAAUGGAAGACGUUGGAUGGACAGAUGGAUGGGUUAACGACAAAUGGCGUUCUUGUUAUGCAUCCACGCAACGGAUUCACUGAAGAUUCCAAGCCAGGGGUGUGGAGAGAGAUAUCGGUGUGUGGGAAUGUGUUUAGCUUGCGAGAAACACGGUCAGCCCAACAGAGAGGCAAAAUGGUUGAAAACGAAAGCAAUCAACUUCAAGACGGUUCCCUCAUAGACCUUUGUGGAGCAACUUUGCUGUGGCGCACUGCUGAGGGUCUGGCCCGCACUCCGACUGUGAAACAUUUGGAAGCCCUGAGACAGGAAAUAAAUGCCGCAAGGCCUCAAUGUCCUGUUGGGUUCAACACACUGGCAUUUCCUAGCAUGAAAAGGAAGGAUGUAGUGGACGAGAAACAACCUUGGGUUUAUCUGAAUUGUGGUCACGUGCAUGGCUACCACAACUGGGGGAAUAAAGAGGAAAGAGACGGGAAGGACCGAGAAUGUCCCAUGUGUCGUUCUGUGGGGCCUUAUGUCCCACUGUGGCUUGGAUGUGAAGCUGGAUUUUAUGUGGAUGCUGGACCACCUACUCAUGCUUUUAGCCCAUGUGGACAUGUGUGCUCAGAAAAAACAACUUCCUAUUGGUCCCAGAUCCCACUACCCCAUGGCACACACACCUUCCAUGCAGCAUGUCCAUUCUGUGCACACCAGCUAGCAGGGGAGCAAGGAUACAUCAGACUCAUUUUCCAAGGACCUCUAGAUUAGUGACUAAUUAGGGACUUUACAUAACUGAUGAGCUAAGCAAAGAUUGGUUUGCUUGCCGGCCCACUUUUCCAAGCGACUAAAGCUGGCCAUAGACGCAAAGAUCCGCGUCUAUGGCCAGCUUUAGACUUUGGCAAGUUUGUAUCCUGAGAAAUGAAUUACUGCUUUAUAGGCUAAGGGACAUGUUUACCAACACUGGAGAUAAAUAUCUGGAGAAAUUUCUUGAGAUGUUGCCCAUAGCAACCAAUCAAAUCCAUGCUUUUGUUUUCUAAGUUAAGGCAGAGACACCCUGCAAUUCGGGGAGAUUAGUCGCCUGGC